AUGGAUGGAAAUCGAAAACCCACGUCAUGCCUAGUCGUCGGCAACUACUGCCACGACGUCCUGAUGAAGGACGACGUCGUUCUAGGCGAAUCCCUCGGCGCCGCCGCCGCCUUCGUCUCGGCCGUGCUGGACGGCGUCGCCGUCGCCUCCACCUUCGUGGCCAAGGUGGGCACCGAUUUCGCUUACCCCGUCACCCACCCGCCCCGCGUCUCCCCCUCCUCCGGGACAACCCUCUUCCACGCCCAUUUCUCGUCGCAGGUCCAGCGAGAGGACCGCGUCCUCCGGCGCGUCCACGCUUGCGACCCCAUCGGCCCCUCCGAUCUCCCAGACUCUCGGCGGUUCGAGUUCGGCUUGGCCGUUGGCGUGGGCGGGGAGAUUUUGCCGGAUACACUGGAGAAAAUGCUCGACAUUUGUGAGACGGUGCUGGUCGAUGUGCAGGCAUUGAUUCGGGUUUUUGAUGGCGGCGAUGGAACGGUGGGGCUCGUUAAACUGAGGGAUUCAGGGUUUUACCAUCUCCUCCCAAGGAUCGGGUUUCUCAAAGCCUCAUCCGACGAGGCUCCAUACAUUGAUGUGGAUGAGGCGAAGAAUGCAUGCUGUGUGGUGCUGACAAAUGGGGAAGAAGGGUGCAGGGUUCAUUAUAGGGAUGUGGAGCAGCAUAUUGCUCCCUUUCCGACUUUACAGGUGGAUCCCACUGGAGCAGGGGAUAGUUUUCUGGGCGGGCUUGUUUUCGGGCUUGUACAGGGCCUGAACGUCCCAGAUGCAGCCUUGUUAGGGAACUUUUUCGGUUCGCUUACUGUUUCGCAGGUUGGCCUUCCGAAGUUCGAUAUGGGUUUAUUGCAGGCAGUAAAGAAUGAAGUGCAAAGAAAGAAGUUACACCAUGAAGAGCUAAAUGAGAAGUUGGUGUUUGCAAAACCUUUAGAUCAUGACGACUUUCAUAAAUCGCUUCUCAGAGCCAAAAAUUUACCUUUAUCUCACCAAGAAUGCCAACUUGAGUUGCCAGAAGGGAGAGAUCGAGGAGACGACAACCUGCAAUCGAGCCGCCCGACCCGAAGGACCUGCAGCCCGACUGAACAGGGGCGCACGGGACGCGAGUUGGGCUCGCCCACGCCAAGGUCCGUCUCCAGGAAGAACAUGACAAUGCAAAUCGAGCCUCCAAACGGACCGACGAACUCCCGCGGCUGGGCCUUGCAAGAGAAGCCGACGACCUCGCCGGAGGUGGGGAAUAAACCGAGGAGCGAAAAAUCGCCGCUGGCCAACCACCCGCAGCUCUCCUAG